UUUUUUAAUCUAUACUUUUUAAUCUAUUGUCUAUAGCUUCUGUCGUUUUCAAUCAGAAGAAAAGCUGAUCAGCCAGAAUGUCGGACGCUCCAGGCCGCCCUAUGAAGUACCCCUACACCUUCAGCGCUAAGCUGGCGCAAUUCCCUAUGAAGUUCUACUUCCAGAAUCAAUGGAUCUGGCGCUACUGGCUCGCCGGUGGAGUUGUGUUGUCUAUCCCCAUCAUCUACAAGAUCCACAAAUUAGCCAACUCUCCUGAGAAUGUCGCCAUCUGGGCCGAAAAGAGGAAGAAGGAAGCCCAGGCACACCACUAACUGUAGAUAUAAGAUAUCGUCAAAUCAUGUUGCAAUUUAUUUAUAAGCAUAAAAUAAAAGCAAGUCUUAGUUGAA